AUGCUGCACCAAUUCCUUAUGGGACUUAAUACCGAGUCCUAUGGUGCGAUUCGUUCUCACAUUCUCAGUAUGGAGCGACUUCCCUCCAUCAACAAGGCAUAUUCUCUUAUGAUUCAAGAAGAACGCCAACGAUCCGUCCUACGAGACCAGGAGACGCCCAAGGACCAUGCCAUCGCACUUGCUGCUGGAGGAAAAGGAAGUGCGCCUCGCUACAUCUGUGAUCAUUGUGGAAAAACGGGGCACUCGAAAUCCCGUUGCUAUGAGUUGAUUGGAUACCCGGAAAAUUGGGAGCGUAACAAAGAUGACUCCGGCCGAAGAAACAAUAACCGCCGUGGACAACGGCCCGGCGGCCCAAACGGCGGCGGCAGCAACAAACCUACAGCUCCUCGCGGCCCUGGUGCAGCCCAUUCCGCUCAGACCAACGGCGCUGCAGCAGGAGGAAGUGCGGCUGGUCUUCACACUCUCACCGACAUGGAGUAUCGACAACUUAUCAACCUUCUGGGCUCCGUCAAAAUGGCAUCUUCCCAACCUUCAGACACACAGCCGCUCGAAGCCACUCCAAAUGAGGGCACCACCCACUCGGACGAUAGCUCGGAGAUGACAGGAUCCCCACACCAGCCAGCUGCAGCUUCGGCACCCAUCGCCGCCGCACCAGCUCCUUCUCGGCGACCAGAACGCACGCGCUGCCCACCUGCCCGAUUGGACGAUUAUCAUUGUUACUCGGUCAUGCCGACCCCCUCUUGCUGCAAGCCCACUCCAUCUACUUCUUCAGGUAUGGUCUAUCCCAAUGAGCGUUUCGUCAAUUAUAACAGUUUUUCUUCAUCUCACUUGGCCUUCUUAGCUGCACUGGAUUCUGAGGACCUCGAUUGUCUAUAUGAUCUUUUCGUGAGUUUUGCCUAA